CUUUGCCACACAACACCAUAAGCACCCUUUCGGCUGAAGGGUUUUUAUGCGAGGAUGCUGGCAGUGUGCACGACAAACUUGCUCUCGUACCUGGAUUCGAUAACGUUGAAACGCGCACCAGUUUGUGUGCCACCGACAUGCGCCCUGGACGUCGAGCCAACUUGCAUCGUGUGGGCCCCGGACAACAGUGCUCUCUUCAUCUCUUCAAAGGAGAGUAUAUUCAAGUAUGACUCCUCAGAGCGCCACUUGAAACCUGUAUACCUAUCGUCGCACCCCUCGUCGAUCAACGCGCUGGCGAGCAAGGACCGUGGCAGCACACUCAUCUUCAGCCAAGGUCAACAAGUGCUCAUCCUGGAGACUCAUUCAGGACGAAUUGUGCAGAAGUUUGACUCUCACAAGGCACCGGUCACUUCUAUCGCGCUUUCCAACGACGGCAGCCUUCUUGCGACCACCUCCGCUGCGGCCGUGCACAUCCAUAAUCUCUCACAUGGAUCGCAUACGGUCCUCCGUGGGCUCACAUCAAUAUCAGGCUCUAUUACCGCGUGCCAGUUCAGCCCACAUUCUCGGACGAGGCUUCUUAUAGGUGCUGGCGCGCAGCUGCUGGUGUAUGACACGACUCGCCCCUCCGGCCCCAUCAAGUCCUUCACCUUAGGCAGAGAAAGGAGCCUUGGCGAGAUUGUGUCUGUGGCGAGCAGCCCGUUCAGCAAGACACUCAUUGCAGUCGCGUGCAGCGGCGGGACAAUACAUGUGGUCGAUCUCGAGAAGGACAAAGGCAUUCUCCGCGCGUUGUCGGUACAUGUACCGUUGACCUCGCUGGUGUUCUCUGCUGAGGGCGUCACGCUGUAUGCUGGUACCGAGAACGGCAAGGUCUUGAUCCAGGACCUGCGCUUGCUUGACAAGGCACCAAAGUCCAUCAUCAUAAGUGCGAAGGGGGAGCGGGUGGUAGCGAUGUCAGUCCAGCAGAAGCUCAAGACGCAAGAGGCGCAAUCCAAGCCCAUCGUCGCUACGUCCAGCAAGCCUCUCCUCACACAGGACACGAACAAGCAUCCUGUUCGUCACACCUCGGCUGCUACUUCUGUCCCCGGAGCCGAUGAGAAGGCUCAGGUUGCAGAGAAUGCUCCACCCCCCAUAGCCGAACGUACUGCCUCCCGCGGGGGAACUCCUGGCAAGCUGCGCGCGCUCGCCGAGAGCUCCCCACGCCCUGCGCGAACUAUGCGGGCGGGCAUCACCUCUCCGCUAUCCAAGGGGGUGAGUAGCGGAGGUAUCACCAAGCGCGUGAUAUCGCCGCCCAAAACGCCUCUUCAUAGACGGUCGACGAGAGCUAUUCUGGAGGAGGCGGAUGUAUCAGUACACAUCGAGAACCUCCUCGCGCCUCUUCCGGGGCGGAGGGCGAAGGAAAACGUCGUUCCAAUGGAUAUCGACCCUAAGCCCGUACCUUCUGAUAGCACAUCUGUCCCUCCGCCUGCCGUAUCGCGUACAUCUUCGGGGCAGUCCUCACGCACGAGUGACAUGGUGAGAAGCAGGCCGGCCAGUGCUGGGACCUUGGUGACCACGUCUACGACAUCAAGAAAGCGUUCGGAGUCCACUAGCACCUCGGGUACAUCGGUAUCAGCAGCGCGCAGGACUGCUAAGUCGUCGACCGAAUCAACUGGUCCUCGCGCGCAUCCUCCAGUACCAUCCGUGCACGUUGAGCCCGCGGCGAUCUCAUCGAAGAGCCGUACUCUGCAAUCACAGACGCCUAGCCUGGAGCUGCCUGACAUGCAUGCUCGGUUGCCAGUUACUCCCAGAAAGCGGAGGGGCAAGGAAAGGAUGGCUGUGCUUGGUCUCGGAUCACCCGAGUUAGACCGGUGGUUCCGAGCAGGAGAUGAAGAGAUAGAGGAAGAUGCACGAGAACAAGGGGCAGACAGCAGGAGGGUCGGCUUUACAAGCAAGAGCAGCAAAGACAAUGAAGCUCGGGAUGAACAGAUCGAUGACAACGAUAAGUUGGAGGUCCCACGAGGAGCAGUCCCUACCUUCACGGUCGAGGUUUCCCCUAGGCGACCACUCCAAGGCAACGUGUCGACAUGGCCGUCUGUAACAUCGCCUCUUCGCAACCUUUCUCCUCAUCCCGCAUCGCCAGGCUCGCAUGCGGCGGCUAAUCUCUUGCAGGGCAUGCUGCGCGACGCGAUGUACGACUUCCGGCAAGAGACGCGGUCACAGCUGACUGGCCUACACUUAGACAUGCUGAAGAUGGGCAGAGGCAUCCGGACGGAGUUGCGCACGAUUGUCGACGAGUUCCGGGGAGAACUGUCUACGCUGCAGGAGGAGAAUCGGCAGCUGAGAACGGAGAACGAGCGGUUGCGAAGAGGAUAUUGACAUGAUCAUUGAUAGUGUCAUCGCGUAUGCAGGGCCUUGCCGUUUGAACCUGGAGGGGUCAUGUAUAUGAUAUAUGAUCACUUGUAUGUAAUCAUAAGCCUGUUGGAC